AAUCUAUCAAAAUCAUUCAUUGCGCUAUUUGGAGAAGAAGAAGUUUACAUUGAUUUUUCUACAAUCUGCCACAACAUUCAACAAUACUCUACAAUAUCUUAUCAUAUUCAAACACAAAAAUGGCUAAGGGUGCGCGCUCAAGUUCUAUCAAGGCAAAUAAUUCCGCCUUAAAAGCCAAAGUCUUUGGUCCGGUCGAGAAUGCACGAGCAGAGAGAUUGAAUGCGAAACUUAUGGAAUUGAUCUCACAACCAAAGCCAUCAGCGAAGACAGAAGAUGUGAGCAUGGAAGUAAAAGAGGGAAAGGACGAAGAGGCAUCUGCAAAAGACACCUCGAAAGCCACCGCCGCCGCUCAAGAGAAGCCAUCCGAAGAAAUGGAGGUAGAUGCCAUCAGCAAGGUUGGCUCCAAGUCAAAGAACCGCAUUUCGAAGAGAAGAGUUAGCAGUCGCAAAUCCCAGAUGACUUUCACUACCUACAAGAACGGCAAGAAAGUAGGAGGAGGCAGAAAGCAAAAGAUCUAUUGAGGUGCAUUGAGAUGCUGAAAGUCGAAAAUCAAUUAUAAUUUAUAGGCGCAUCGGACUAUUGGUUUUGGGGGGCAUGGAGUUCAUGGUGAGGGAUUAUACCAAGAAUUCGAAAGUUUCAACCUUUCCGCCGUCUCCAGUAUACAAAAGACCCUUCCCCUCACACAUGCAU